AUGUGUGUGCACUCAUUAGAUCUACACGGAGAAGACUACUUGUUAUACUUAGUGCUUGUUGGCUUUGAUGCUUCUUAUCUCCCUUCAAACUUACAAAGUAGAGCUCUAAGAAUUUUUCGUCUGAUAAAACUAUUAAGCCUGUUGCGUUUGUUGAGGUUGUCGAGGCUGGUGAGAUAUGUGAGGCAGUGGGAAGAGGACAUAGGCCAAUUUUUAAGCAUAGCAAGCAUGUUCAUGCGUAUAUUCAACCUGAUCUUCAUGAUGCUGUUGAUCGGACACUGGAAUGGAUGCCUGCAGUUCCUCGUACCCAUGCUCAACGAUUUCCCACCUGACACCUGGGUCGCCAUCAAUGACUUGCAAGUCAGUUUCAAUGCUCUGAUGACCAUGGCGCUAGGGAGAUGUUGA